AUAAGGCAGUCAUUUUCUUCUUUAUUUAAAACAAUACAAAAAUUACGAGUUAUUUAAGUUAAAUUUUAUUUGUUUAGUGAGGAUAUCUCAGCCUCUAUCAGUGACCUCUGGACCACAGAGUAAAGGCUUUUAAACAAGCAAAUGCCUUACAACAUAACUGAAAUAAUGGACACAUGGAUAACGCAAAGGCAUUUUCCCGAGUUGAAAGUCGAUUGUGAUAAUAAUACAGGUUCUAUAAUACUUUCGGUAUAUACUUGCAACGAAACGAGGUGGAAGAUACCCAUAACUUAUGUUAUAAUAUCAAAUCGUACUUUCGUGUAUAAUACACCGAGCAAAAUCUUAUUCGAUUGUUUAAGCAACGUAUAUACAUUUGAAACUGAUAUGUAUGAUUUUAUAAUUGUGAAUGUGGAACAAAUGGGAUAUUAUCGCGUCAAUUACGACUCCAAUAAUUGGGUGAAAAUCUCUACUCACUUAAUCUAUCAUAAUUAUACACAAAUUAAUGUUUUGAAUCGCGCUCAGUUAAUUGAUGAUGCGUAUUAUUUUGUGAUAAAUGGUAAACAUGAUGUUAACACCUUCUUAUAUCUACUUAAAUACCUAAAGAGAGAAAGUCAUUAUGUAGCCUGGUAUUCUAUGUUCAAUAUUUUUACGUACAUGUCGAAGUAUUUUGAAUUACCAGAAAGUAUACGUUACAAGUCAUAUUUGUCAGACAUCUUGAACAGUCUUCUUGAUAAGAUCGGAUAUGAAGAAUAUAUUAAGGAUGAUGAUAUGAUAAAAUCUUUAAGAUUAUUAGGAUUAAGAUGGGCUUGUAAAUUCGGUCAUAAAUUAUGUAAAGAAGCUGCCACUGUUAAACUUAGUUUGUUUGUCACAUAUCCCUCUAAAAUUCUACCGUGGUGGAAGGAAUGGAUAUAUUGUGCAGGUAUGAUGGACGCAAGUCCAUAUCUCUGGAAUCAGUUUUUAGGUGAUCAAUCUGGUAUCUAUAGUCAAGAGAAUUUAACGUAUCUGGCAUGUACUGAACAUGAA